AUGUGGACACCGGUCCCUUUUAUCACAGAAACCAUCGGCGGCGGCUAUCGCACUUCCGACAUCUUCUCAAAGCUCCUUCAGGAACGCAUCAUAUGCCUCAACGGGGAGGUCAAUGAGACAGUAUCCGCAGCGGUGGUCGCCCAGCUCCUCUUCCUCGAAUCCGACAACCCCGAAAAGUCGAUCACGCUCUACAUCAACUCUCCCGGUGGUUCUGUCACCGCAGGUCUCGCCAUUUACGAUACGAUGUCCUACAUUCGGUCACCAGUGUCUACUGUUUGUGUGGGUCAAGCCGCCUCGAUGGGCUCCUUGCUGCUGUGUGGUGGAGAGGCCGGCAAGAGAUUCUGCUUGCCGCAUUCUUCAAUCAUGAUACAUCAGCCGAGCGGAGGAUACUUUGGGCAGGCGUCAGAUAUCGCGAUUCAUGCGACGGAGAUACUGAGGGUACGGAAACAAUUGAACGAGAUUUACGCCAAGCACCUGACCAAAGCGCAUUCGUUGGAAGAUAUUGAAAGGUUGAUGGAGAGAGACAAAUUCAUGAGCGCCUCUGAAGCUCUAGAGAUGGGCAUCGUGGAUGAAAUUUUAGACAGAAGAUUAGAAGACAAGAAUGCAAACAUAACGGAGUAG